AUGCAUUCACAGUGUGGGUCAAAAAUUUACACGCACCCACGGGGGAAUCUCAAGUCCACUGCAGCGGCAGUCGGUACGGUAGCUACGAAGAAAUCCUUCCAUUUCGUUGCUCUUCCAAAGGACGGGAUCAAUAGUCGUAGACACCGGAAUAUUCAACAUUCAUUCUCGUGUCCUGCUGUUCCACCUUUCCUGGCGGUUGCUCUCGAUGAUGGCAUCAAAGAAGGAUCGAUCGUCUGGCCGUUGCUCUUGGUUGGCUACAAAAUCGUCGCGACACCCUGGAUUGCAGAAUCCCACCACAAAGCAGCGAUAUGUCGUCAAGGAAUCCGCUGCCACUGGCUUUCCCGAUCGGGGACAGGACUUGUUGAUACAGCUACUCGUCUCCAUCGUUGCGUGCGUUUCAAAUGA